CCCAAGGAAGUGAGACCAUCACCUGUCAGUUAGAAAGAGGAAAAGUCAUGUGGAGCGGGCCUAUCCCUAAAUGCGAAGCUCCAUGUGGAGGCCACUAUUCAGCUCCAAGUGGAGUCAUUUUGUCUCCAGGGUGGCCCGGUUACUACAAAGAUUCCCUCAGCUGUGAGUGGGUGAUUGAAUCAGAGCCAGGACGUUCCAUUAAAAUUACAUUUGACAGGUUCCAGACUGAGUUGGGUUAUGACUUCCUCGAGAUCCACGACGGUCCAAACCUCCUCUCGCCUCUGAUUGGCUCCUUCAACGGUACCCAGGUGCCCCAGUUCCUGUUCAGCAGCAGCAACUUCCUUUAUCUUCUGUUCACCACUGAUAACAGCCGCUCCAAUGUGGGCUUCAAAAUACUCUACGAAAGUGUUACAGUGGACAGCUACUCCUGCUUGGACCCUGGCAUWCCUGUUAACGGCAUUCGUUAUGGACAAGAUUUUUCCAUUGGGUCCACCGUGUCCUUUGGUUGUGAUUCGGGCUACAGACUCAGUCAUGAAGAGCCGUUGGUGUGCGAAAAGAAUCACUGGUGGAGCCACCCGUUACCAACUUGUGACGCUCUGUGCGGCGGGGAUGUUAGGGGUCCCUGGGGAACCAUCCUCAGUCCUGGCUAUCCAGACAGCUACCCUUCAUCUCUCAACUGUACCUGGACUGUUGAAGUCAGCCAUGGGAAAGGAGUCCAGUUUCAGUUCAACUCUUUCCAUCUGGAGGACCAGCACGACUACCUCCUGGUUACGGAGAACGGGAGUUUCCAGCAACCGCUGGCUCGCCUGACAGGCAAUGAGUUGCCUAGCAACAUCAACGCUGGUCUCUAUGGCAACUUCAAGGCCCAACUACGAUUCAUCUCUGACUUUUCCAUCUCAUACGAGGGCUUCAACAUAACUUUUUCUGAAUACACUUUGGAGCCAUGUGAGGACCCCGGGAUGCCUCGGUUCGGCAGGAGAAAUGGCUACAGUUUUGGAGUCGGGGACACUUUGUCCUUUUCCUGCAACAUGGGGUACCGUCUGGAGGGGGCGCCGGAGUUGAUCUGCCUGGGAGGAGGGCGGAGAAUGUGGAGCGCUCCUUUACCUCGAUGUGUUGCUGAGUGUGGUUCUUCUGUUAUAAAUAAUGAAGGGAUACUACUGUCUCCAAACUACCCAAUGAACUAUGAUAACAACCAUGAGUGCAUCUACAGUAUCCAGGUUCAAGCUGGGAAAGGCAUCAACAUCUCUGCUAGAACCUUUCAUCUUGCCCAGGGCGAUAUUCUCAAAAUUUAUGACGGCAAAGACAACACAGCCCAGGUUCUUGGAGCAUUUACUGGGUCCUCCAUGUUGGGCCUCACUCUGAUUUCCACAUCAAACCACCUCUGGUUGGAGUUUUACAGUGAUGCGGAAGAUACUGGAGAAGGAUUCAAACUAGUCUACUCAAGUUUUGAGUUGUCUCACUGUGAGGACCCUGGYGUGCCUCAGUUUGGCUUCAAAGUCAACGACCAAGGCCACUUCUCUGGAAGCAUCAUCACAUACAGAUGUGAGCCUGGAUACACUCUGCACGGGGCGUCCACACUGAAGUGUAUGACAGGGGAAAGGAGAGCCUGGGAUAACCCUCUGCCUUCUUGUAUAGCGGAGUGCGGUGGCCGCUUUAAGGGUGAGUCUUCAGGGAGGAUUCUCUCCCCUGGAUAUCCUUUUCCUUACGACAACAACCUCCGCUGCACCUGGACCAUCGAGGUGGACUCAGGGAAUAUCGUAAGUCUGCAAUUUUUGGCUUUUGACACUGAAGCCAGCCACGACAUGCUGAAGGUUUGGGACGGACCACCUGAGAAUGAAAUGUCUCUGGCAGAGCUCAGUGGGUCUCUGAUCCCUGAGGGAAUCCACUCCACGCUGAAUACAGUCACGGUUCAGUUUGAGACCGACUUUUACAUCAGCAAGUCAGGAUUCGCUAUCGAGUUCUCCAGCUCUGUAGCUACAGCCUGCAGGGACCCAGGUGUGCCAAUGAACGGGAGUCGUAGCGGAGAUGGCCGUGAGCCGGGGGAUUCGGUGUCCUUUCAGUGCGACCCUGGAUAYGAGCUCCAGGGGGACGACAAAAUAACCUGCAUACAAGUGGAUAACAGAUACUACUGGCAGCCCAGCCCGCCUGUCUGCAUAGCUCCUUGUGGAGGUAACCUGACUGGCUCCAAUGGAUUUAUACUCUCUCCUAACUACCCGCAUCCCUACCCUCACUCAAAGGACUGUGAUUGGCUCAUCGCUGUCAACUCCGACUAUGUCCUGUCCUUAGCUUUUAUCAGUUUCAACAUUGAGCCAAACUACGACUUCCUUUACAUCUACGAUGGUCCCGAUAGCAACAGUCCUCUCAUUGGUAGUUUCCAGGACAGCAAACUCCCUGAGAGGAUAGAGAGCAGCUCUAACACCAUGCAUUUAGCAUUCCGCAGUGAUGGGUCUGUUUCUUACACUGGCUUUCACCUGGAAUACAAAGCCAAGCUGAGGGAGUCCUGUUUCGACCCAGGGGUGGUUCUGAAUGGGACUAGGUUGGGAUCGGAUUACAAGCUAGGCUCUACAGUCACUUUCUACUGUGAAGCUGGAUACGUUCUGCAGGGCUAUUCUACUUUAACCUGCAGUAUUGGAGAUGAUGGCAGACCUGGAUGGAACAGGGCUUUGCCUAGCUGUCAAGCUCCAUGUGGAAGUCGGUCUACGGGGUCAGAAGGGACCGUUUUGUCGCCAAACUUCCCCAGAAACUAUACAUCUGGACAGAGCUGCGUGUACUCCAUAUCUGUGCCGAGAGAGUUUGUUCUCUUUGGCCAGUUUGUGUUGUUCCAGACGUCCCUGAAUGAUGUUGUGGAAAUUUAUGACGGACCCACCCAACAGAACACACUCCUGUCCUCUCUGUCUGGUUCCCACUCUGGCGAGUCUCUCCCUCUGAGUUCGGGAAAUCAGAUUACAGUCAAGUUUACUACAGUUGGACCAGAAACUGCUAAGGGAUUUCAUUUUGUCUACCAAGCCGUGCCUCGGACCAGCUCCACUCAGUGCAGUUCAGUCCCGGAGCCACGCUUCGGGAAGCGUCUCGGUAAUGACUUUGCAGUCGGCUCCUUGGUGCAGUUUGAGUGCAACCCUGGUUACGUCCUGCAUGGCUCUUCUGCCAUCCAUUGUGAGAGUGUACCAGACAACCUGGCACAGUGGAAUGACACCCUACCAACUUGCAUGGUCCCUUGUGGAGGAGUACUGACCUCUCGCCGUGGAACCAUCCUGUCACCAGGCUAUCCAGAGCCAUAUGACAACAACCAGAACUGUGUGUGGAGGGUCUCUGUUCCAGAAGGGGCUGGAAUCCAGAUACAAGUGGUGAGUUUUGCUACUGAGCAUAACUGGGACUCGUUGGAUUUCUAUGAUGGUGCCGACAACCACGCACCAAGACUGGGCAGCUACUCUGGCACCACCAUCCCCCCUCUCCUGAACAGCACAUCUAACAACCUCUAUCUCAGCUUUAGCUCUGAUAUCAGUGUCUCAGCCGCUGGAUUUCACCUGGAAUAUACAGCUAUUGGUCUAGAGUCAUGUCCAGAGCCUCAAAUUCCAAACUAUGGAAUCAGACAAGGAGACAGAUUCAUGGUGGGGGAUGUUGUUCAGUUUUCAUGUGAACAAGGAUAUUCUCUUCAGGGCAACGCCCACAUCACCUGCAUGCCUGGACCAGUCAGAAGGUGGAACUACCCCGUUCCGCUGUGCCUUGCUCAGUGUGGUGGCACAAUGACGGACGUAAGUGGAGUUAUUCUAAGUCCAGGUUACCCCGGCAACUAUCCCAGUGGAUUAGACUGCACGUGGACUGUCAACCUACCUGUUGGCUUUGGCAUACAUCUUCAGUUUUUAAACUUCUCCACUGAAGCGAUCCAUGAUUACUUAGAGAUCCGGAGCGGAACACUGGAAACAGGCUCGGUGAUUGACCGGUUCAGCGGUCCGGUUAUCCCUAAACCCCUCUUCAGCACCACCCAUCAAACCACCUUUUUUUUCCACAGCGACUACUCGCAAAACAAGCCSGGGUUCCACAUCACGUAUCAAGCCUACCAGCUCCAGAGCUGUCCAGACCCUCGGCCCUUUCGAAAUGGCAUCGUGAUCGGCACAGACUUCAGCGUCGGGAUGACGGUGUCGUUUGAAUGUUUGCCUGGAUAUUCUCUGAUUGGAGAGGCUUCGCUGACAUGUUUGCAUGGAAUCAGCAGGAACUGGAACCACCCACUUCCACGAUGUGAAGCCUUGUGUGGAGGUAACAUCACAUCAUUAAAUGGAACCAUUUACUCUCCCGGACACCCCGAGGAGUACCCAAACUUCCAGGACUGCGUGUGGAGUGUUCGUGUUCCACCUGGACAUGGAAUUUAUAUCAACUUCACUGUUCUGAGCACAGAGCCCAUAUAUGACUACAUUACUGUCUGGGACGGUCCGGAUCAGUCAUCCCCACAGAUUGGUCAGUUUAGCGGGAACACGGCUUUGGAGUCUGUUUAUUCAACAUCCAACAUCAUCCUCAUUAAAUUCCACUCGGACUUCUCUGGAUCCGGCUUCUUUGUCCUAAGUUAUCACGCCUACCAAUUAAGGGUUUGCCAGCCUCCUCCAGAAGUGCCCAACGCUGACAUACUGAUGGAGGACGGCGAGUUGGAGAUAGGUGACAUCAUCAGAUACAAAUGCCAUCCUGGAUUCUCAUUGGUUGGCAGCGAGAUUCUAACCUGUCGCUUAGGAGAGAGGCUACAGAUGGAUGCUCCGCCUCCAAUAUGCCAAGUUCAGUGUCCUGCCCACGACGUGCGAUAUGACUCAUCGGGUGUCAUCCUGAGCCCAGGCUGGCCAGAAAGCUACCCCAACCUCCAAAUGUGCUCAUGGAGCGUAAACGUGGAAAAGGGCUACAAUGUCACCAUAACCUUUGAGAGCUUCCACACGGAGAGAGAAUUCGAUGUGCUGGAGAUUUUUGACGGCCCCACCCCCAACAGUCCAACUCUGGCGACUCUGAGCGGUGACCUGCCCACACCCUUUAACAUCACAACCUCUGGGCACCAGUUUCUAGUCCGCUGGUCCUCUGACCAUGGCACCAACAAGAAGGGCUUCAAAAUUCGCUAUGUUGGUGAGUACCAAACCCUGUACUGCUCCACCCCAGACUCCCCCCUCCACGGCUCCAUAUCUUCCCAGACUGGAGGUCACGUCAACAGCGUGGUGCGGUGGGCUUGUGACCGCGGUUACCGCCUCAUAGGCAACGCCACAGCAACCUGCCGCCGCACUCUCCUGGGAUACCAUGCCUGGGACUCGCCAGUCCCCGCCUGUCAAGCUGUCUCAUGUGGGCCACCCAAGGCUCCUAUAAAUGGCGGGGUGCUAACGGCUGACUACUCUGUGGGAACGAGAGUUUCCUAUUUUUGCAACGACGGGUACAGGCUCUCCAGUAAAGAACUGACAUCAGCCAUCUGUCAGCCUGACGGAACAUGGAGCAACCACAAUAAAAUCCCAAGAUGCUCUGUUGUCGUAUGUCCGAGCAUCGGGUCCUUUUCGCUGGAGCACGGCCGAUGGAGGAUAGUCAACGGAUCUCAUUACGAGUACAGAACUCGCAUUGUGUUCACCUGCGACCCGGGAUACUACAGAUUAGGCCCCGCCCACAUCCAGUGCUUAGCCAAUGGGGUGUGGAGCUGGAAGAACGAGAGGCCGCACUGCCAGGUCAUCUCCUGCGGCGAGCUGCCUUCUCCUCCCAACGGGAAGAAGAUUGGUACUCAGACAACAUUUGGGGCUACAGCCAUCUUUACCUGCGAUGCUGGCUUCAUGCUGGUGGGGUCAGCUGUCAGAGAGUGCCUGUCAUCUGGGCUUUGGAGCGGAACAGAAACACGAUGUUUAGCUGGUCACUGUGGAAUCCCAGAGGGCAUCGUAAACGGCCAAGUGAUCGGGGAGAACUUUGGGUACCGCGACACAGUCGUGUACCAGUGUCUGCCUGGCUACCGGCUCAUAGGCUCGUCCGUCCGGAUCUGUCUCCAAGACAACCAGUGGUCCGGUCAUUUGCCCAUCUGCACACUCAUCAGCUGUGGUCACCCAGGAAGUCCCAUUUAUGGCCGUACAGUGGGAAAUGGCUUCAACCUCAAUGAUGUGGUCAGCUUUGUUUGCAAUCGAGGUUACGAAAUGGAGGGGCCCGCACGUGCUCAGUGCCAGGCCAACCGCCAGUGGAGCCAUCCGCCCCCAACGUGUAAAGGUGGGGAGAAAAUGGUCAAUUGCUCCGAUCCUGGUAUCCCUGCCAACUCCAUUCGGCAAAGCAAAAUAGAGCAUGGCAACUUUACGUUUGGCACAGUGGUCUUCUAUGACUGUAACCCAGGGUAUUACCUGUUUGGAUCACCUGUACUUACCUGCCAGCCUACAGGACAGUGGGACAAACCCCUUCCUGAAUGUAUAGUCGUGGAUUGUGGCCUUCCAGGGUCUCCCCCUAACGGCAUGCUGAGUGGAGAUAAGUUUACAUUUGGUUCCACGGUUCGAUACUCCUGUCUGGGUGGGAGACAGUUAAAAGGAGAAUCGUCCCGGACGUGUCAACUUAAUGGGAUGUGGAGCGCCCCCAUGCCCUUCUGCUCUGGUGACAUUGCUGGCUCUUGCGGUGAUCCCGGCAUUCCCUCCCACAGUUCCAGAGAACAAACAGAUUUCAGGAUCCGGUCCAAGGUUUUCUUCACCUGCACGGAAGGCUAUGAACUCAUUGGGUCCUCAGAAAGGAUGUGCUUUCCCAAUGGGACCUGGUCUGGCACGCAGCCCUUUUGCAAACCGGUUCAGUGUGGCAAUCCUGGAACUCCAAGUAACGGCAGAGUAUUUCGUCUAGACGGAACUACUUUCUCUCAUUCCGUCAUCUACUCCUGCAUGGACGGAUACCUACUCACUGGUACCACCACCCGUCAGUGUCAGGCCAAUGGGACAUGGUCAGGAGUACAACCCAACUGUACCAUGAUAAACUGCGGGGAUCCUGGUGUGCCGGCUAACGGCCUUCGCUACGGAGAAGACUUCACAAUUGGUCAGAAUAUUUCCUUCCAGUGCCAACCGGGGUAUAGAAUGGAGGAGGAUGGCUCACCGCUGAGGACGUGCACUCAAAAUAGCACGUGGAGUGGGAACAUGCCUAUGUGUACAGCGGUGACCUGCUUGGCUCCCCCUGCCAUCAGCAAUGGGGUACUGCAGGGCAGUGACUUUGAAUGGGGCAGCAGUGUCAGCUACAGUUGCUCACCUGGAUACGAGCUCUCAUUCCCGGCCGUCCUGACCUGUGUGGCCAACGGCACCUGGAGCGGCAUGCUUCCUCAGUGCUUGCCCAAGUUUUGUGGCGACCCCGGAACUCUUGUCGGUGGUUUCAGAGAGGGGCGGAGUUUCAUCUAUCAAUCGGAAGUGUCCUUCAGCUGUUCCCCACCUCUGGUACUGGUUGGCACAGCAACCAGACUUUGUGAAAGCGAUGGCAACUGGAGUGGAACACAACCACGCUGCAUUGAACCAACCAAAACCAGCUGUGAUAACCCAGGAACGCCGCGCUACGGCUCCUUAAAUCGGACCUAUGGUUUUAAGGUGGGGAGUGUGGUGUCAUUUCAGUGCCAUCCAGGUCAUUUGCUUCAGGGUUCUUCUUCUCGAACCUGCCAGCCUGAUCUGACUUGGACUGGAACACAACCCGAGUGCAUACCUCACGCCUGUAAGCAGCCGGAGAGCCCUCUCCAUGUGGACGUGGUGGGAAUGGAUCUGCCGGGGUUCGGCUACACACUAGUGUACAGCUGUCAACAUGGAUACUUCCUGGCAGGGGGCUCCGAACACAGAGUCUGCAAGAGUGAUGGCACUUGGACUGGAAAGAUGCCAAUAUGUAGAGCUGGAGAAAAGAAGAAACCUGUGAAGCCAGUAACAGGAACCCCCGGUCCAAAGCUUAAUGUUCCAGAUGAUGUUUUCGCUCCAAAUUACAUAUGGAAGGGCUCUUACAAUUACCGUGGCAGGAAGCAGCCUAUGACACUGAGCAUCACCAGCUUCAACUCCACGACCGGGAGAGUUAACGUUACUCUUAGCAAUGGCAAUCUAGAGCUGCUCCUGUCAGGAGUCUAUAAAGCUUCAGAGGCCAGAUUGAUGCUUCUGAUGUAUCAGGUGAACUACAUCAACCAGGGAAGUCAACUUAAAGACUCAGCCAUCUCCCCAGCCAAGAUCAUGGACGACUCCUGGACCAUGGAUGGAUUUGUAUCAGCAGAACCUGAUGGUUCGAGUUACGUAUUCCAGGGUUUUAUUCAGGGAAAAGACUACGGACAGUUUGGACUGCAAAGACUGGGUCUGAACAUGUCAGAGAGUCAGAACUCGCCACCCCCUCAGCUCGGUACCAACAGCAGCUCUGUGGCCAUCGCUAUCCUGGUGCCUUUCUUCGCUCUGAUCUUCACUGGCUUCGGCUUCUAUCUUUACAAGCAGAGAACCACACCAAAAACGCAGUACACMGGCUGCUCAGUCCAUGAAAACAACAACGGCCAGGCUGCCUUUGAGAAUCCCAUGUACAACACAAACGCCAAAGCUGUCGAGGGGAAGGCUGUGCGGUUCGAUCCGAAUCUAAACACUGUUUGCACCAUGGUCUGAGGAUUGAUCAUCUUGAACUUAAUGACUCAGAUAUCUAAUGGGACCACAAUCGGUGCAGGGCUGUGGAAGGUGGAGAAACUCCUCGGACUAAAAGAAAAACCUUCGACAACAUGGCCUAUAUGCCGAUAACAACCUUCUCUUUGAGUCCAGUACCCCCAGAAUGGAASCCAAAGCCAGCGUUGGUGCCCGUGUCUAACAGCGCUCUGCAUUCACAAAUGGAAAUUAAACAUCUACUGUGUUGAAGUGAGGCAAACAAUCAGAGGAAACUCACAGUGAGAUCUGACAGCGUGACAGAAAAUAACCUGUCUCGACGCGCUAACUGUGAGCAAAGUCACACAUUCUUUUACUUUUCAGUACAGUUGGUAAGCCAUGACCUGCGAGUGAGACAUCGUGACAGGUUGCCACAACCCAGUGCAGAAGUUUUGACUCGAAACACUGAAAGUUUUAUUCUGUCUUGCCGGAAAAAAGAAGACAAAUUCAGAGAGCUCUGACUGUGAUUCUAAGAUUGAGGCAAUCCUGACACUAUCAGGAUAAAUCCGAUCACAGUAAACUAUGGAUGGUGUUUGGGGGGGAAUGUGACAUGAAAGAGAUGUCAUCAAAGACACUGUGAAACAAAACAACAGAAAAACUCCUCACUCAUUUUGGUUGAACACUGACAGUUAGAAAAACGCUGUCACCAGCAGGUUAUUCGUUCUCAAAUGACCACAUCCAAACCGGAGAGGACAAUCUCUUGUCUCUGUGGCGACCAGAGACAAAUCUUACUCGCCUCUUGAUUUGUUUUKUUUUUUCUACGUAAAUGGGCUCUGAGAAAGGCUAACAUUGAAAAGAGACUAACUCCUGAGCGAGGGAUGAGGACAUCUUUCGUAGAUGGAGCUGUAAUCCUAACUGAGCUGGGAUUAGAGUGAAGCAAAACUACAUGGAGCCUAAAGUGGAGCUGGCGCUAAUAGAAGAGAUGAGAGACUGACUCAUCUAACAGAUAAACUGCCCCUUCCCGUCCGAUGCAGAACAGAGAGAGGGGGCUAACAAGAUGAAGACAGCCCCCUAACUGAACUGGAAGGAGAGUAAGAGAGUCUUUACGAAAAAAAAGAUGAGAUUUUACAAUCCUAACACAGCCAAUCAGGGCCUGUCUAACCUGAAAUAAUCCAGUGUGAGGAGUCAGCCCUCCUUUUCUUCAUAAUAUAUCAAAUCAGACAGAGUGUGGCCUUGAGGAAAAAGGUUCUUCGUUUUGGAAAUUUCAACGAGCGUUUGCUGAGAAAAAGGCCGAAUGAAACGGAGGACUCUGAUGGACUAACAAAGGAACAGACUUUGAGCAACAGAAGAAGCUCUGGCACUAAAGCACAUUUCACAGGGACGCACUAAGAGAUGGACUAACGCAGGGACCGAGCGGCGUAAAGAGACAAUGCGCAGGCAAUGUGACAGGUCCGUAUGUUUAAAAUGAGGAUUACGGACUAACGCUCAAAAUGAGACAAGUUCAGGAAAGUCAUUUCUGUGUCUGAACACAGAUUAACAGGUUUACAGGGAAGAGUCAGGCUAAUGGGCAGGAGACACAGGUAGACAUAAAGUGGCAGACAGUUUAGAGGAAAAACAAACAGGGUUCUUACCCUACGACCGUGGGCAGUGUUCCACUGUGAUUCUGCACUCUGAGAGUGCUUACUUUCUUUGUUUGUUACUGCUGCAGAAUCUUCUGAUCUGUAAAUUUAUUGCAUAUAUAUUCGGGAGCAUUCACCACCUAUAUUUUUGUGCUAUAUAUUUACCACAAGGGGAAGGGCAGCGGGAGAGAUACAGAUUAUAACAGAGUUUUUAGGAGGAAAAGAAAAAGAUAAAAAUAAAUAAACUAAAGUAAAAUUCAUCACAACUACACAAUGUAUACCACCACAAAACAUAUUUUGGUUCCAUUGUAACGCAAAUUGUUUUUCUUUUACUUCCCUUGUCUAGCAUGAAGUUCCUCUCAGCAUCACUGAGGCAGUCAUGGUCAGUGGUAUUGUUGUCUUUUUGAGAUCCAAAAUGUUUCAUUAAAUGUUUAUUAUUUUGAUAUUAUUAUUAUUUUUUACUAAAUGUGCGAUCCCAUUUGGCAGAUUCCAUAAACCCCCUAAUUUAGUGGAGCAUUGUUUUAUUCCUCUGAUUCGCUAAGACAGAUAUGUUACAGGGUGACACAAUACUGUCACAGUGGCGAUGCAGUCAUCCUUUAGACAUCUAUCCAUAGACUGUUUCAAACUAUUUAAUCUUAUCCUUACAUCACAUUAAAAUAGUUUUUUUUAUCUCGUUAUCAAACUAGUUAAUUCAAUUUUUUGUUAUUUCCCUUUUCAGAGAAUCUUACUGAGUUUUAAGCUUUGACCAUGAUUCAACAAGUUUUAUUUUGUUUAUUUAUUUUUUUAGAAACUUCUGAACCUCGAGGCAACUGAAUAAACACAAUGCUUUACCCCACUUGUGUCAAACUUAUGGCCCCGGCGCUGCAUUUAGCCUGCGAGUGACUUCCGUCUUGCCCAUCAAAAAAAAUAUUUAAUUAUUAUUGGGUUUUUUUUUGCUUAAAUUAAUAUGAAAAUAUUUUAUUUCAAUAGAGAGCUUUUACUUUAUGAUUCAGUGCAAUAAAUAUAUGUAAAAGAUGAAAGAUAAUUAAACUUGUCUUGCCCCUGAUCUGUUGGCUUUGAGCAACAGUGGCCCCCACUGAGAAAUUUAGUUUAAUAGCCCUUWAUUAAAGCCACCAUUGAUCAUAAACUACAUCUCCCAUAAAGCAUGUUAAUUUUGCAUGGGAAUUCCCAGCCAAAAAGUUGGAGAGUUCAGAAUUCAAGGCUUAUCACAACUCAGCAGCGAUUAAAACUCUCUUAUUUUUACCUUUAAUAGUAUUUCUGUAUUAUUUAUUUCACACUUAGUCAGUUGUACACAUAGUACUUUGCAAUGUUUAUUAGAGGACGAGUUAAAAGCGCUGUUUCUAUGCAGGAAACAACACGUAGAGCUCAGUUAUUGUCUGUUAAUGCUGCUCAAUGAGACGAGGAACAUGACUCAAACAAAACGUCAAAGUUGAUUACAACUGACUGUUUUAGGGCCCACCAUGUGGCCCUCUGUGAGAAUGAGUUUGACACCCCUGCUUUAGCCAUUUUCUCUUUUUUUUAUUGCAUGAAAUCUGCUUCUCAGUAGUUGAUUAUACGGCUGGUAGUUUUACGUUCCAUAAGAUCUACCACCUUUGAAUUGCUUCCAGCUACUGAGACAUUUAAUUAGCUUUCAUUUUCCCAUUAAAACAUGCCUUACCUUCAAAUAAAACUUAUUUUUUUGUAAGGGCAGAACAUGACGGCGUACUUAAAAAAGUAAUGUGUCAGAAUUAGUCACAGUUCAGCUGCUCCGGUGUAUGUCUGCUUGCUUUAUUUUGAAAGGUCUGAAGAUUGAGAGGCUAAAUUUAGUCACUUUAGGUCCCUCGCAUGAUAAAUAACUGCUUUUUAAUGAGUUUGGGUACCAGGGUGCACAAAAACAUCCACUCUGUUUUGAACACCCCCGCUGUGGAGACCACGGGCACCAACUGCCACCAGCUGACACAAAACUCCUUUUAAAGUCAUUAAUGAUUUAAAAGCAGCAGCAGCUAAAGGCUUCCUUGGUUAUCGACUGUCCCCGCGUUGCAUCGCCAUGGUGACAUUAUUUCUCUUUAUUACAUUUUGAAUUGAUUGUUGUCGCUCUUGUUGCUUAUUCAGUUUGUUUUUGUUAACUGACCUUAAAAAUCUGACACAGUGCCUACCAAAACCCAUGAGACCCUCCCUGCCAUUGACAUACAUGUACACAGCCACACCCMCUCCCAUUCAAACACACAUUUUGCCCCAAGUAACCAACCCCUCACCUGUUUAUCCUUCGUCACAGGUCUUCUUCUUUUUAUUUUUUAAAUGCUUCUGUCUAUUUUACCACAAGCUUUUCCUACCAACUGACCGCAAUAAGACCCAUGUGAUUCAAAUGACUUAUAGCCGCUCCUGCCCGAGAACAUGGGAAGUAUUCACCAUUUGAGAAAAAAAAAAUCAAACAUAUAAAAAA